CCCGCGGCCCCGGAGCCCAUGGGAUGUGCCCGCCGUCUCCUGGGUGUUGCAGAUUUUCGGCAGAGCUGGCCAUGAUGUUAUGGUUUGUGGUCGGAGCCCUCUUCCCAGCGCUUCUCCUGGCUGCGCCGCCUCCCAUAAACAAACUCGCCCUUUUCCCGGACAAGAGCGCUUGGUGUGAGGCAAAGAACAUCACCCAGAUCGUGGGGCACAGCGGCUGCGAGUCCAAGUCCAUCCAGAACAGGGCCUGCCUGGGGCAGUGUUUCAGCUACAGUGUCCCCAACACCUUCCCUCAGUCCACAGAGUCCCUGGUUCACUGCGACUCCUGCAUGCCAGCCCAGUCCAUGUGGGAAAUUGUGACACUGGACUGCCCAGGCAACGACGAGAUCCCCAGGGUUGACAAGCUGGUGGAGAAGAUACUUCACUGCAGCUGCCAGGCUUGCGGCAAGGAGCCGAGCCACGAGGGAGCCCUGUUCAACGUCUACUUGAACGCGGAGGAGAACAUGCCUGCGGAGGGCCCCGGCCCCCACCACUAUGCCCACCACCAACAGGAGGUAGAAGAGCCCCCUGCUUCCAGCCACCACCACCACGAGGAGGAGGGCGACGAGUGACCCGGCCCUCGUGGACUGUCCUUGCAACGCGGGCAGGGAGUGUGUGCGAGGGAGAGGGCCAGGGCUUGGGGAGGGAGGGGGGUGGUAGAGGCUUUCCUGUCUAAUAGCUACCCUCACGCUUUGCUCUCCACGACACCCCAGGGCUGGAGGAGCGUUUUGAGGCACGAGCAGGACAUGGGGCUGGAGCAACGGGGCCACAGGAGGGCUGGGGGUUUCUGAUGCAAAACUACUUGCACAUCAUAGUAAUAAUAUAUUGAGAGAAGUGGGGACGUGGGCAGAGGGGGCUUUGGCAGAGAGUGGGAGCCAAGCUGGGCUCCCCAGGGCUGUCUGCAGGAUCCUCAGCCUGCUGUGGAGCCCUUGAUGAGCCCUCUGGGCUUUUCUUUUGUACGUGGCUCUUGCCUGGCCUGGAGGAAGAAGGGACACAGCUUCCCUGCAGCCACACACGAGAUGCACAUCUCUUCUGCAGCGUGUGGGAUGGGGGUCUCCCUUCUUCCUUGUGCUUCCCCUGACUGCGUAGGGAUGCCUGGGCUCGGUAUGGGCACGCUGUUCCUCCUGGCACUCACUGGGUCUUACUUCAACCCCCACGCCUUCGUGUUAGGUAACUCAUAGGAGUAUUUUGCCCUGGCUGUGCCUCUGGGGCGGUGUGUGAGGUUGCUGGGAGCCAUGGUGGCCAGAGCCCUUUCCUUUCUGGUCCUCAGGGCCACCACAUAGCUUGCAAGGGUGAGGGAGCUGCGCUGUGCCAUGGGCACUGGGGCUUCACAUUUCACAGCCUGUGCUGGGGUGGUGUUGGUGGGAGCCGGCCCCUCUCCCCUCCUUCCCUGCUGCACUUUAAUUGUGGUGGAGGGAGAAGGGGGACAAGUCCUGGGAUGCUGAUGGACCUUUGUAGGGGACUGCUCUGGACCCCACUGCAGAUGGGGGGCUGGGCUCAGGGUGGGGGCCCCUCCUGCUACCCCUCUCUCUGUUGUAUAAAGCUAAUUUCUUUGGCACUGUCCUGACAAGAGCUUCCAGAGCUUGUAACCAACGCCUCCCUCUCCUUUUUACGAGUUUUGGUUUGUGUUUUUUGUUGGUUUUUGGUUUUGUUUUCUUAAAUAAAUUAGUUCUGACUUCCA